CACGCACACAGAGGCCACGCCGCGGGCACACGCGCCCCGCACCGGCACACGCGCGGAAGCGCCGCCCCGGCCCGCCCCCGCCCGCCCCGCGCGCCGCCAAUCCGCCCGCCGCGCACACACACACGCACACGCCCGGCCGCAACAUGACUGACGGACCGGCCGACUGACUGACAGACACACGGAGGUGCCGCUGCCGUUCCGGAGGGAUUAUUCACCCCGCGCCGCGGGGACGCAGGAAACCCACCCGCCCACCCAGCGCGGAGCGGGGCGGCGGCGCUACCGCGGGGGGCCAGGCGGGUCCCCAGCCCCCGCCGGCGGACGGCUGAGCGCCCCGGGCGCCGCAGGAGCCCGGCGAGAUAAGUUUAUCGGCUGUGAAGAGCCACGGACACUUUGUGCCCUGAUGGGGGACUCAGGAUCCAGACGAUCGACUCUAGUAUCUCGGUUGCCAAUAUUCAGGAGAAGUAUUAGCCGGAGACACGACUCCCUUCCUUCCUCACCUUCUUCUGCUAAUGCCGUUGGCGUCCACACCUCCUCCCCAUCCAGCACUAACUCCAGCUCAGGGAGCACAGGCAAGCGCCGGAGUAUUUUCCGCACUCCUUCUAUUAGCUUCCAUAACAAGAAAGGGAGUGAGCAGAAGCCUGACUCAGCUAGUCAAAACGUUAACAUCUCAAAUGGUGCCCAGUCCUCUCCCAGCACUUUGCAAAAACUGAGCUUAGAGGAACAUAUUAAAAGCAGAGGAAGGCAUUCCGUUGGCUUUGGCAGCUCGCGUAGCAAGAAGAUAACAAGGUCUUUGACAGAUGAUUUUGAAAAGGGAAAGGAGCCCUCAGCUAAUAAGAAUGUCUUUAUAAAUUGCAUAAGCUCUGGGAAGAAUGAGGGUGAUGAUUCAGGCUUUGCAGAGGAGCAGAGCCGAUACUCAGUCAAACAAUCCACGCGAAAACUUCUCCCUAAGUCUUUCUCAUCACACUACAAAUUUUCCAAACCAGUUCCGGAAAGUCAUUCGGUUUCUUCUGUGCAGCAGUCCAGGUGCGUGCUGGAGGUUAAAUCGUAUGUGGAAAGUGAACCUGUGAUUUCAGAGUUCUCUCCUUCCCAUUCGGCUGAGACGACAGAGUGCAUGGGAAGCUCCUUGCAGUCUCCGCUGCUCUCGGCCGACCUCACGGCUGCCCAGACCCCCUCUGACUUUGUUGCCCUGACAGAGGAUUCUGUUUCAGAAGUUGAUGCUCUGCCCAGCGGCGGGACUGGGGCACUGCUCGCAGAGGAUUUUGGCCACAAUGUCUCUACCUCUCAGAUCAUCUUUAAUCCUGCUGCUGCUCCUGCAAGGGAAACAGAUAUUGUGCAAAGUGCUGGCCAUUCUGCUGGUGUAUCUCCUGUGAGUCAUGCAAGCUCAUGUAGUGUUGAAUCUAAUAACUUAUUCAAAACCUCAGCUGCUAAUCAAACAAAAGUAUUGUUGCAAGCCCAUGAACUACAUAUUAACGAUACCAGGCACAUAGGAGAAAUUAACUCAGCAAAUGCACGUUUAGAAACCUUUGCAUUACAGUGCAGAGAAGAACCAGUGACACUCUCUCCAAAGGUACAGGGGUUGAGUGGGAACAGAGAUGAAAGCACGCCAUCCAAGCAGAUGAGAGAGACGAUUCCUGUAAUGGAGUCUAAGAUUGUUCCGUGUUCUGAACCUCAGUCCUUUAAAACACAACAGGGUUAUGAGACAAACCGUUCUAAAGUUGAUCUUGCCAAUAGCUUCAGUCCAUACCGAGAAGGCAGAUUUGUUGAGAAACGACUGAGAUCCUCUUCAGAAGGUACUGCUGGAGGUAGUCGGCUGAUCAUAAAACCAAAGGAUGGAAAUACAGAAGAGCUUAACAGCCUACGGAAGCAGAGAGCAAGCUCAUCCUCUUCAAAAAUGAACAGCAUGGAUGUUUUGAAUAACUUGGGUUCUUGUGAGUUGGAUGAAGAUGACCUGAUGCUUGACUUGGAGUUCCUAGAAGAGCAUCACCACCAUCGUUCUGUUUGCCGGGAAGACUCAUACCAGUCGAUAGUCUCAUGUGCUGCCGUAGUACUUACUCCUGUAGAGCCAACAGUGGAUACAAGAAAAAAAGAACAGACCAUAAUGCCUGAUGUGUCUAAACAGAACCUGUCUCUGAAGCUGUCGAAGGAGGUAGACCAAGGAGAAGCCAGGUACCCUCGUGUUAGCCAGCUGGCUGGCAGCCCAUCUGUGGAGUGGCCUUUUACUGGUCUGGAAGAAGGUGGAGGCAUUGAGUCUUUGCCCUUCAGAUUGAUGCUGCAAGAUUGCACAGCUGUAAAGACAUUGCUUCUGAAAAUGAAGAGGGUUCUUCAAGAGAGUACGGACAUGAGUCCAGCUAGUAGCACCACCUCACUGCCUGUUAGCCCGCUUCCUGAGGAGCCGUUAUUUUUCAAGGAUGGAAUAAAAGAUGAAUGCUCAGUGCUGAAGCUCCAGCUGAAGGAGAGGGAUGAACUCAUAGCCCAGCUUCGUGAGGACCUGGAAAAGGCUCAGUGCUUUCAGAAGGCUCUUGCUUCCCAAGCAGAUAAAUCCACGCAGACAGAACUCGUAGGCCACGAUGCUACAUAUCCAAACAGAAUGGUGAGCCAAAAUCUCAGCACAAGGGACAGAAAGUCAGCACAUACUCCCACCGAGGACCCUUUUAGAUACUCAUCAGGCAACCAAGCAACAGCCUUCGAAAGCAAGAGCUGUCAGCUGUCUAAUUUGUGUCUGAGCAACCUCCUGAAAGAGAAAGAGAUCGUGGAAGUCAUCAAGCAUACUAGAGGCACGUAUGAAACCAUCGCUUCAGAGGUCACCCAGAAUGGUUUGGCCACCAUGGCACCAAGUACAGCAAAGCCAGCAUCCAAGACAGACAGCUACCCAGUGUUCUCAGGAGCUCCAAAAGACCAAACUGCUGUACCUCGGCAGCAUACCACUUUCACAGGGAGACUCGGACAGCCUCCGAGGGGACCCAUCUCUUUACACAUGUACAGCAGAAAAAAUGUUUUCCUCCACCACAAUUUACACACAGCAGAGCUACAGACUUUAGGUCAACAAGAUGGGUAACAAGGUGCUUGUAUUCUUGACAUGGAAGGAGAGUUGAUUAAAGAUGAACAUAAGCUCACCUAAGAGCUCAGUCUUCAGUUUUCAGCUGCUGCUAUCUUCACCUGAAAAAAAAUUAAAAAUUAACGUUGUCUGUAAAUUCCGUACUUUCCUAUCUGGGACUGUGGCAAAGGGAUGAACUAGAUUGUUAAAUAACUAGAUUGAUUUGUCAUGCAUAGUCACCAUGGGUGUAAUAAAUGGGACCAUUUGGCUGCCAUUGCUAGUCCAAUAUUGGCUAAAUAUAUAUUUUUUAAGUUGUUUUUUUUCCUCUAUAAGCCACUAUCAUUCCCUGAAGUUCUAAAAGGUGAUCUUAAAUAAUACUGUGUAUGUUUAAUAAUGUUACUGUUAAAGUAGAUGUGAGGAAUGAAUAGAUAAGUAAUUAGUAAACCCUCUUGAAUUUCAUAGAGAUUAGGGAAAAACAGAGUCAGAAAUCUUUGAGGACCCUCUUUUUACACCUUUUUUUUAAUACAAUGAAGUUUACUCACUUGUAGGGGUGUGUUACCGCUUCCUCCUGUAUGUAUUUUAUGAUUGCCUCAAGCCACCAGUAGAGGAAGUGACUGAUUCUCCUCUAACAGCAAGGUUCAUAGAGGCUCACCAGGUGUUUGAAUCAAUAAUUGGGUACAAAACUGAGGAUGGCAACUUGGUUCCUCAACCUUCCCUUCCCUCUCCCCACCUUUAUUUAACUACAUUUGUUUGAGUAUUUUUGUUCUGUAAGGACAUGUCAAGUUGGGGUGGUAUUUGUGCUUUACAGGCAUUGUAUCACUCAUGACACAAUGUGACAUUCUAUGCUGUGUAAUGCGUCAUAUAAUUUCAUUUCACUUCCCAAACCAAAAAUGGGUGGAAGACUAAAGUAAGAGAAAUUGUCUUAUUACGCAGUCCAAAUUACCCAUGUAAGUGGUAAUUUCUGUAGACUGUAUCAUCUGCACUUAACUACCUGGUUUAUACCAACUCAGUGGAUUUGCUAGUCUUGACAUAUUACACAGCGAUGGGGUGAAUCAAAUGCUGCCUGACGUGCAACAUGCUGGUCUCACGGGAAUAUGAAAUCAUCUGAUCACACCAUAGAACUUGUAGACUUGACAGCAACAAAAGAUCCUGUUUUCCCCUUUCAGAGGGCUUGAAAACAGGCAUGUCAGUCAAGUUACUCUAAACAUGUGGCAUAUACUAAACAUGACACUUAGUUUACAGCCUCUCUGAUGGAGGGUAAUCUGUUUGAAUGGUAAUAGGUCAUACAGGUAGUAGUUUAUAAAUAAUCUGGCACAUUAAGUACGAUUGUGGCAGAUCUGAGACAAGUCACCUCUAUCGUCAACUUGUGAUUAAUAACAAAAGGCAAGGGUGCGGCGCAUUCUCAUACAAAGAAACAAACCAGUGUGACUUAACUGAAGUAGCACAUAAUGAAAAAUGAAGCUUCCAUAGCCACUAAAAAUGCUGUAACUUUUAAAAGGUAAGUCACAUACAGCAUAUAAAAUGAAUUAAUGAUACAGAUUUUACCUAGUGUUAAAUAUAUCUGCUUAACUAUUUAAUAUUUGGCUUAAUACAAGGAUUAGUUAGGUUAAGAAGAAAUUAGAUUAUGAGCUUGGCAGAUAUUCUGCAAAGCCAUUUUGGCAGCUUGAACUUUGAGGAUUCUAUUUAUUGAGGAUUUUAAUUUGGUUAAGCAAAUUUUGUGGUAUUAUCUGAUGUUGAAGAGAGUAGGUUUUGUCUAAAGAUUCUAUACUGGUAAUUUUGGGUACCCAGAGCUGGAUACAUAAGAAUCAAGACAAACAUUUGCCAAACUUCGUCUUCAUGUGUGUUUUGCUACUGCCAAAACAGAAUGUGCAAAAAUUGCAAACAUGGCUUGACCGAAUUAACUUUGGGUAUUCAAGACUCCCAGUCCUGCAUUGAAACUCAUAGUUUAAAGUUUACCCAAAAAGUUAAAAUAGUAGUAACAGAAUUUCACUACUCAGAAUCAUGUUUUCAUCUGACCAUUCUUUUAAGGUUAUGGUAGAUUGCAAGGACAGUUGGUUCUUACUAACAAUAUAUUUCAGUCUUGCUCAUCUCAAGAAUUGAUGUAUGCAAUUAUAUUUCAGUUCUGUAAAUAAACAAACAUACACUGAAAUCAAGGAAUUUAUUUUUCCAGGAUACAAAUGUACUAUACUACAUUAAAAAACAACAACAACAACAACAACAAAAAAUCUUCAAUUUUAACUGUAUUUUAACGUUUUAACAAUGUACUGUAUCUGUAGUUGUUUUUUUCCUGGAAAAAUGGACUUUUGGAUUACACUUUAUUAAAAAAAUCCAUCUAUACAUUUCAAAAAGAACAUUUUAAAUGCUACUAUUUUCUUGGAGAAUCUUUUAUAAAGCUGAAACUUAAAAAAACUGGAGAAAACUGUUCAACUAAAGUGAGGGAUAUUUUUAAAAUGUCAUCUUGAAGCUGUUUUGUAUCAGUAUUUUCAGCAUUGUUGCGUUAUUUGUAAUACUAAGUGUAAAUCUCACCCAGAGAAGGGUCCUAGCCACAUGUUAAUGUACAGUACAGCAGUAACUAUAAAACAGAGGUCCUUUGAUCCUCUUGUGUAUAUUGUAAAUCAUAAAGCAACAGCAUGUGGGCAUUCUUUCAGUGAAUUGAUUCCUUUGUACUAAAAAUCUCUAGUUUUUUAAGAGUUCUGUGUAUAAAAUGAUUUAUACAUUUCUCCAAGGCUGUACAUAUCCAAAGACAUGACACCAGGGGUAAAAGGCACUUAUGAUUUUUUCCAUGGAUGUACUUUUUUUCCUUUUUUUGUAUGUUUCUGUACAACAAAGCAUAACUGUAAAAUUUUUACUGAAAAUUGUUUCUUGUUUCUUCUGUAUCUUUUGGUGUGAUAGAGGGCAUUUUAAGGAGGAGGAAAUCCCCAAAGGAAAGCUGUUUCCAAUUGAAGCAGUGUCCCAUUUUUUUAAACAAUCACUUUGCAAAAGAAACGUUAUAUCUGUGCCCUAAAUAAUUUUUAGUAAUUUAAUGGAGCCACACCUGAAAUGGUAUAUAAUCUCUAGACUUACCCUUGCCUUAUUAGGGUGCUUCUGCAGGAUGUAUUUAUAAGAUACAGUAACAUGCUGGGGCCAAGCCUGGUCACAAAUUAUUAAGAUGGAACGAAAACACUUUUCCAGUACUGUUCUUAUAAUUGGCUUUCAGAGUAGUGGAAAGGUCUCUUUGGUAAACAUUGUGCAUGUGAAUGAAGUUCAAGCUGUUUGCUUGUGCAUAUUGGAGUGAGGAGUCUUACUACAAACCUCUCCUCCAUUUAGGCUAUUUAGCAGCAUCUGAAAGCACCCUGUAACAUAAAUUUCUGCCACCAUUUAAAGACAGGCCUAUCCUCUAUACAUGAAAUGAAACAGCUGGAAUAGAUUUCUUUUUUAAUCCAUAUCCUUACAUUUCACUUUAUUGCUUUUCAUUCCAAAAUACACAAUCCACAUAAAUGAACGGCUUUUCUUACAUGUCUCUUUUCCUAGAAAUUUUGAAAGAGGGUAUAUCCAGACCGAGAUGUUCACGUGAGGUUCAAAUGCUUAUCCAAAGCAUUUGAAAGCCUACCCUAGGUUAUUCAUGUUUGUCCUACAAGUUCAUUGCAGUCAUUGCAGACUGCAUAAAAAUUGAUAUUUUUACCAUUUCCUAAAAGCCAGUUUGGAAGUACUGAUUUCUGUCUGUGCUAACUGAUUCACUUUAUACUGUUAAAUACAGAGUAUACUCUGCAAGAUAAUAAAAAUAGGCUAUUUGCAAAUCAGUACUGUAGUUUAUACGACAUAACGGCUGUGCCAUGUCUGCACCGUUUCAAUUAAUACAACAUUGACUUCAGUUAGGCUAUACUGAGUUAAGUCACCUGAUGAUUGGGAUUGUGGGUUUAGGUCCAACCAGUCUCAGUUUAUGCGUAGGAGAUAUCUGAAUUCCUGGUUUACAGAAAAGACAAGAAAAGAUUUGACCUAGCAAAAAUGCCAGUUCACAAUCCAUAGCAGAUGUGCGCUUUUUUCCCCCCUUCAUGUUCAAAAGCAAAAAAAUAAUUCCUGCAAAACUCUUUGUAAACCUACAUAGGUCAUAACCGAAGUCCAGUAGAGUAACAGUGAUCUCUAAGGAAAAUUUGAAAAAAAAUACUUGGAGAAAAAAAUCCAGGGGAAUCUUCUUACUACUUAGUUUGUAGUGGUUCAAAAGCAUAAGUUCUGUAUCUGAGCACAUUAAUGAAAUAUGCCCUAUGGCCUCUUUUCUUCUGCUCUCGCUACUGAUGAUUUUUUUCUGGAUGAGAAUUUGCUGUUUUAAGCUUGUUCCGGAUGAAGUAGGCAGUGCAGAGUAAGAAAGUACAUUGAAAGUAAUGGUGGAGGUCUUCUCCGAGCUUGGAGGAGCACACAACAUCAUGUCCGUGAUGUAUUUUAGUGUUCUCCAGUGAGCCAGAAGUUGGCAGAGAUCCCUCAGGAGAGGAACAUACUCAAAUCAUGCAGGCCAUGACUGCCUUUAAACCGAGUUGACUCUAACGUGUCCUAUGUAAGGCACUUCUAAGAUCAUGUGGAAAUUUCAGCAGCUGCACAACAUUUCUUGCUUAGAUAUAUUUUUUUAGGGGUAAAAAUGCCAUGUGCUGUUUUCAACCGAGUAAACUCUGUCUGUUUGAAUCUUGUUUCCUUGCUCAUGAUCUGUCCAGCUUGUAAGAGUGUAUCCACUGUGACGUGUAUGGCACUAACUCCUUAUAGUGUAAAAGACACUGGAUAUCUGUCUUCUCUGAGGGGCUUGAGACUUGCAGUGUAUUUUCAGCCUAGGGCAACUGUCUGGAGUUAAUGAUCUUCUUUUUCAAGGAUCUUCUGUUGUUGGAAAGUUAAUGGUAAAGCAACUUGCUUUUUGAAAUAUUUUGGAAAUGUUUUCUGGUUAUUUUAUUUAAAUAUACUUAAAAUAUUUCUCUGUAUCUGAAGAAGAGAAACAAAGAAAAAAAUUCUAACUUUUAUAAGUAAAAAUUUCCUAUAAAGCUGGGCUUCUCAAUAGCCACAGCUGUCACUUGCAUUUUGUACAGCUGUGAAAUAUUUUUGGAGUUGCCAUUUUUGGUACCUUCAUUACCAGCAAAUCAUUACCCUAGUUAUGGGGUGGUUUUUUUCUCCCCUCAAUCCUGUAUUGAAACACACAGGGAGGACUGUUAAGGAUUUCUGCAGAAGUCAACCUGAUCCAAUGAAAGCAGGGCAAUGAUAACAUUACGUGAAGGUCUCUGUAUGAUUCUUGGGAUGCAAAACCUAUUCUGAUUGAUCUUAAUUAUGAAAGGCUUGUGAGAAUCUGAUGGAUGUGGCAAGUGUCAUAUCUGUUGCUUUUCCAAAUCCGUAUAGAGGUUAUAGAGUAGAAAAUACUCCACUGAGAAGAUUUUUCUAGUGUGCAAAUAAUAUUUCCUUAUAGGUUGUAUUGUGGCCCUUGCUGUGUCUCUGGAGUUCAGAAACAUUCCCUUUUAGGUAUGGACUUGUGCUGACUGUGUAGACAGGUCACACCACAGUGUCAUUUCUGCUUUAAGGAGGCUCCACUGGAUUUUUUUUAGUAUAUGAUCAUUAAAAUGUUUAGUAUUUUCUCCCAUAACGGCUGUGCUGCUGCUAGAAUAGUGAGCGGUACUUUCACAGAAAAAAAACUCCACUUCCUAACUGAAGGCUCCAACUCUGUUAGUGAGCUGUGGUUACAGCUGAUUUACAUUUUUGGGUAAAAGACUCUCAAACUUACUUAAGCACCUGUAUAAACAAAUACAUUGCCUGCGUUGAACCUGCUUUUAUUACAUUGGAAAGGACCUAACAGGGUAGUUUUCAAAUGUAUAUGCAUGUCAACAGUAGUAGUAGAAUUUUAAUUUAUUUUUACUUUUCCAUUAUGUCAAUGCACUUUAUAUGAGGGCCUAAUAUGAACUACAAAUUAGCCUGAAUUCUUUUUCUUACCUAAACUUGACUUCAACAGGGUUCAGAAUUCUCUGCUUAACUUUAAGCAUGUGAAUAAUCAAAUCAAAGUAAAACAAUUAAAUCCCGCUUCUUUGAAAAGGUAACAAACAAAUAAUAUUUUUUCUAUCAUAAACAAUUUUGUUCAUAUUUAUUGUUUGAAAGGUAUGAUGCAUAAAAAGUAUUUUACUUCUAUCUACAUAUAAAUACUUUUCAAAACCCCCAGAUAAGUAGAAAAGGUAAGAAACAGGCUUCCUACUCAAGUCCCCAGUCCAGCUAUACCAUCAGGCUUUGUUUUUCAAAUCAUUAAUUUCUGUAAAAAACCUAUCUAUUUCUUUCCCAUGGUUAGGAGUGCAAAAAAAAAAAAAAAUGUUUUGCACAUGCUCUACAGACUGUGUGUAGGAAUGAUCAAUAUUACAAGGAGGAUAUAAGCAAAGUCCUUAAUCAGUGAUGCGUCUGAUGUUUAAGCAAGAGGCUCAACAGUAUAUAAAAAUCUGUGUAAGUGGAGAACAGAUGUUUGUAGCUGAGAAGAAUCUAGUGGAAGAGUAAAGGGUGAGAGACUGAUAGCUCAUUCUCUGUUCCAGGGGUGGUGGUGCGUAGCCAUUUUCUGUGAAAUACGCUGAAGUAGUAUUUAUAAAAUAAAUCUCUUGGAAUAACAAGAAAUGAGAUAAAAUGAUCACGUAACACCACAAAGUACAGAUAAGGGUACUUCAAUAUUUUGAUCAAACAGCAUCUGAGCGUCUGAGUGAAUUUACGUCUUCUCAUUACCAGGGUGUUAUCUUUAUCUGAAGGACCGUUAGCAGAACAACAGAACUGCAUUGUAACACAGAAACAAUUCAGACAACAACAACAAAAAGAUCGUAUCCCUAAAGCUUUGCACUUUGUGUAGUUGUUUCUAGCUAACUGAAGUAGGUUUGUAUACUUGUAUUUCAUGCAGCCAUGGUAAUGCCCCUACGCUAGGUAUCGGCAUACUCUAGCCAAUAAGGAACCAUCGAAGAGAGUCGUAACCCGGACCCUACAUCAAGAGCUGCGUUGAGUUAGUAGGGUCAUGCUUUUGGUUUUACUUUCUAGUGAAGGACCACAGUUCUUGUGAGAAAACUUUUACACAGAUAUCUCAACAACCAGUUUAGCCUAUGUGAAAUUCAAACUGAUUUGGGGAGAAUUCAGAUUAGGCCAACUCUGAGUAUUUUUGAAAACUGUACGUGUUCUUAAUACUGCUAGUAGCCAUCAGAGAGCUUUAGGCAUUUUUUUUUUUUUUUUUAACAGAAGCGUUCUGCUUUAUGUAUUAGAAUCAGACAUUAGUUCUGAUCAUUUUUGCAUUGUGUACUUGUUUAUGAGUAUCUUGCUGUUCAGGAUGUGGUUUUUUUUUAAACUACUGACCACUAUAAAAAUUGAAGGACUAAUAAGGCAUUGAUUUUUGUAUUAUACGCUGCUAAGUACCCAUUUAAUUUCAAUAACAGUACACUGCAAGGUCAGUUGUUACAUAUUAUUGAAAACAAUUUUUAAAAUGUAAUUGGUAAUACCAUUCAGAUUACUUGAAUUAGAGGCUUUAAAAGAGUAAUAAAAUGAGAAAAGGAGGAAAAUAUUCACUUGAAACAUAAGUAUAAAUAAUGCACUGUUGAAGAGUAUCAAAAAGAGUACAGUUCUACAGGAGGCAAUGGAAAGCUUUUUCACUGAACAUACUCUAGUCCGGGAUUUCACUUUGAUGAUUUAUAUGGUAACUUAAAUUUAAAAAGAAAUAAAUAAUAAUAAUUUUUUUUUCUAAGAGAUAACACACUUUAAAAGGCAACUUAAACAUUCAACUUAGAGCUGAAUUUACAGUAGGGGAGAUAUUUGCCCCAAGGUACCUCACUUCCAGUUACGUUCUGAAAAGAAAGCUGUAAAGUAUAUCUAAGUUCUGAUUGGACAAGUUCAUUGGUGAUUUUAGUGGUUUUGCCCUACAAAGCCAUAAAUGCGUUAAAAUCUUAUACUUAUUUUACAGGCAGUUAUUAUUUAAUAUUUAAAAAUAUUCAAGGCACAACCCUAACCUUUGAUUUUAGUAUCACAGUACCUCACGUCCUCUGAUUUUUUUCUUUUAUAUUCUUUUUUUGAGUUGUUUUGAGGUUUUGUAAUUUGUGUGCAAUAAGAACCUGAUUGUUUCAAAUUCAGUCUUUGUGCACUGACUGAAAAAGAAUACAUAGCCUUUGGAUACAAACACUGUUGCCUCUGAAGAAUAUCAAGCCGCAUCCUGUUGUUUUUUUAACCAGAUUACUGUGGAUAUGUGUUCUGUGAGUUACUUUGUAAAGUUAUGGCAGUUCAUAAAACAGUACUAUGGGAUUCUAUUGGUAUUAUUUAAUGGACAUUUGUUUGUUCCUAUUUCUAGCUGGCAUUAUUUUUACUUUUACAUUUGAUGGAAAAAAAUUAAAUAUUAUUUUUGAAUAUUUAUAUGGAAUUUUAAUUUUAAACCUUACUGUAGAGGUGCAUAUUCAGAUAUUUCCAUAUUUGAAGUGAACAUAAAGGGCUCUUACAGUUUUUCCUUCCUUUCUGCCAAAAGAUAAUUGGUUAAUAAAAAUCCUAUGUUAUUCUAUGA